UUUGCUAAAUUUUUUUAUCUUAAAUUUUUCAGAAUAUACAUAUUUGUGAUGUUUAUUGAAAUUGUAAUUUUAUUAAUAUUGUUGGCUGUUUUGUUGGAUUAUCUUAAUAAAAAAAGAAGAAAUGAUUUGACAGCAAAUUUAUCUGGACCAAAGGCGUAUCCGCUCAUUGGAGGUCUUUUACAUUUAUUAAAUAGAACACCAGCAAACUUACUAGAAAUGUCUUUAAUAAAUCGAGAAAAAUAUGGAAGUUUAUAUAAAAUAUGGUUAUUUAAUAAACUAUUAAUAUUUGGAACAGAUCCCAGAGAUAUUGAAAUGGUUUUAAGUAGUUCCAAACUAAUAGAAAAAAGUACUCUCUAUGAUAUAUUACAAGUUUGGCUUGGAACAGGUUUACUAUUGAGUACCGGAUCUAAAUGGCAUUCAAGACGUAAAAUUAUAACACCUGCCUUUCACUUUAAUAUACUGGAACAUUUCAUUGAGGUAUUUGAUCAACAAACUGAAAUAUUAGUGCAGAGAUUGAAAGAAAAAUGUGAUAAAGAUCCGGAACCUUUCAAUAUUCAGCCUUAUAUCUGCUUGGCUGCUUUAGAUAUCAUAACAGAAACUUCAAUGGGAACAAAGGUUCAUGCACAAACUGAUUCUAAUAAUAACUAUGUGAAGGGUAUUUCUGAAAUUCUUAAAAUCAUGGUGAUUCGGUUUGUUCAUCCAUUUUUGCGUGAUGAUAUAAUUCUUUCAUUAUUUCGAAAUGAUUUGAAAAAGGAUCAAGACAAAACUAUUGAUAUAUUACAUAACUUCACAGAAAACGUUAUUAAAAAACGGCGUAAAGAAUUAGAAGAAUCUCUUAAUAAUGGAAAUUUUAAACAAGAUACCAGUGAAGAUAAUUAUUAUGGUAAUAAAAAACGAAUGGCACUAUUGGAUGUUCUACUGCAAUCAACAAUAAAAGGUGAACCUUUAACAAACAGCGAUAUACGGGAAGAAGUAGACACAUUUAUGUUCGAAGGACAUGAUACGACAACUUCAGCUAUUUGCUCUGCAAUAUAUGAAAUUUCAAGACAUCCUAAUGUUCAAGAAAAAAUCAUUGAAGAAAUAAAAUCAGUUAUCGGAACCGAUACUUCGAAGCCGGUUGGUUAUAGAGAACUUACUGAUAUGAAAUAUUUAGAAUGUGUUAUAAAAGAAACUUUGAGAUUAUAUCCGCCAGUGCCUAUGAUUGGACGAAAGAUUAAUGAAGAUGUCAAUUUACCAAGUGGACGAAUAAUACCUGCUGGAACAAAUUUUACGAUUAACAUCUAUGCGGCACAUCGUGAUGAAAGUCGUUUUCCAAAUGCAAAGAAAUUUAUUCCAGAACGUCAUGAAGACAACUUAAUUGAUUCUGGCGAUGCUUUUACUUUUGUACCAUUUUCAGCUGGUCCACGAAAUUGUAUUGGUCAGAAAUUCGCUAUGCUUGAAAUGAAAAGCACAUUAUCAAAACUUUUAAGACAUUACGAAUUACUUCCUUUGGGACCAGAUAUGAAAGUAAUAUCUAAUUUAGUUUUAAGAUCUGGAAAUGGGGUUCACAUUGGUAUUAAGAAAAGAAUAUUUUGAGUAAACGUAUUAAAUGUAAUAAAAAUAAAUGUAAAAAAUUUAUUUUGUUAUACAUACAUAUAUACAUACACAUAAAUUUGGAGCUUUUUUAUAUUAUUUCAAAUUUUUCAAGUAGUCAAUAAAUAUUUAAAAAUACAUACAUAAAU